AAAUUAAUGCGAGUUUGCUUUGCACAAUUGCAGUACAGAAAUUGUCUCCACAAAGCCUAGCCUUUGACUUUAUCAGCGUAGAUGACAUACGAGCUUACAGUCUAUCAGAAUAAAGCACACACAAACAUAUGAAUGUCGAUCUUAAUACGCCCUUUCGCGAGCAAAUUGACUGUGUCAUAUUCUUAUUCCCAGGAACUAAGCGAACCCAAAGCCAAUCCCCGAGGGGUGUUGUAUGAAAGAAAUGUAGACAGCAACGUUUUAUUUUUCACAAACGAAGAACGCACGCUUCUAUUUUGUUGGAACGCGGACACACCCAUGGUAGAAGAGAAUGUAGCAUUGCUCACCGACAUAUCGUCGAACAACGAUUUUUAUAUAUCCGGAAUGGAAACUUCCGGAUAUGUCUUUAAAUUCCUGGUCAAUAGGAUACGGAAUAUCGAUAAUAAUAUUUAUAAUGAACAAGAAAUCAAUUUCGCUAAUUAUGA